AUGAAUGACAACACCCUUAACCCCCAACUCACGAAUCUCUCCUUAACAAAUUCGAUUCUGCUUGAUAUUGUUCUGGAUUUGGAACAACUUCCGGAGGACCAAACGGAUACCAUGCUAUCGUAUCUUUCCGUUGCUAAUCUAAAUGAAGAACAAAAGUCACAGUAUUUAAUCAAAUGCGAGGAGGUAUUAGGGCAAAGUGAGCAGGUGCGUGACGUAUCUCAGGGUCUUUACGAAAGAUGUACAAAAAUUUUGAACCUGUUGACGGGUAAACCAUACGGCGCCGAGGCAAGUGAUCUUUCUAACUUGGUUAUCGAGGAAACCGAUAUAAGAGACGUAACUGUAGAAGACACAGUGUCAUCACGUCUUGGAAGGACAUCACUUAGAAACCUAAUCGUAGAGGAAGUUGAGGUCACUGAUUUCGUAUAA